AGUCCCCGGCUGCAAGAAGGCCUGGAUGUCGGAAAAUGGAGUAGCGCGGGGAAAAUAAACGUAAACAUAAACAAAACAGAAACGUAAUGUUCACGACCAUUCCAUUCGAUAUUUAACUUAGAUUUACAUUAGCCGCAGUAGUCACAGGCUGUGUAAAGUUAAAUGAAAAACAGGAAAUUAGAUAGAAAACUAAGAAUAUGAGCGAGUUUCGUGUCCAUCACCAUGUUAGUGAACUACUCAAACUUUUGGGGAGCAAAGGAGGAGAGGGUCCAGAGAUAUACACUGACCUGCUGUUGAAGAACAGAACUCAGUAUGUCUCAACCCAAGUAUCUGUCCAUGGAGCAAAGAGAAAAAUUGCAGAAUUCACAAGAACACCACAGGAUUUCUUAAAAAAAUAUGAUGAACUGAAAUCCAAAAAUGUUCGUGAUCUGGAUGUAUUGGUGUCCUUGCUCUCAAAGAUCUCGGAAGAUAGGGACGUCGUUAAAACACUGGAGAAGAACGCCAAGAAAAUGGAGACUCCGAUGGACAAAUUGGCGUUGCAUCACUCAGGAUCCAAGAUGUCCGACAGAGAAGUGUCAGAAUUGCGCAAUCAACUCCUGACAUUUGCCAGCACCAGCAGCCCGGUGCAGACAUCAGAGUCCCUCCGUAGAAUGAUGAGGGAACGUCAGACCAAGAAGAACUCCUCUGUUAACCUCCCAGUGAUGGCUGCAUGGGCAUAUGAGCGCCCUCACUUGACGGAUGAGUUUGUUGUGUCUUCAAGGGGUACAGCUCAGUCUAGUGUGCCUCUUGGAAACCUGCCUAUCGCAGUACAAGAAUUGUCCAUUGUACAAGAUCUCUUGUUGGUGUUAAAGGGAAGUGAAGCUCGUUACAUAUUAGUGAGGCCAUCUCCAGGAAAUCCAACUCCUCGUGAAUUCAACGUCGAUCAGUCUCUUGAUGUCUCCCUUCAAGAACUUGUUUACAGAAUCCUACCAAUGUGCUCCAACUACUCCAUCAUCAUGAGAUUCGUCGAGGACAAGGUGUCCUUUGAGUAUGGUCUUGUGAACCACGCCCUUUCAAAAGCAAUGAGAACCCUUAUCAAGGAAUAUUCCAUUCUUGUAGCUCAGUUGGAAUACCAGUACCAGUUGGAAAAUCUCCCACUCCAGAGGUUCUGGUUCUACAUCCGACCCUGCAUGCAGACAAUGGAAAUUUUAGCUUCCAUCGCCAGCUCCGUAGAAAGAGGUGCCUGCUCUGGGGGAUCUGUCCUGAGCCUACUGCACGAGAAAACAACAUCAAUGAUUGGAGAUGCCAAAGCUCAGGAUCUGUGCCUGUAUCUAACCCAAUCAGCAUGUGCUCCAUACUUUGAGAUAUUGGAAAAGUGGAUCUACAAAGGCAUCAUCAAUGAUCCCUACUGUGAGUUUAUGGUUGAGGAAAAUGAAUCCGUUCAUAAGGAGAAACUUCAGCGGGAUUACAACGAUGCGUAUUGGGAACAACGGUACACUAUCUGUAGAGAUCGAAUCCCCGUCUUCCUCGAAUCUGUUGCUAAGAAGAUUCUUAGCACUGGCAAAUAUUUGAAUGUCAUCAGACAAUGUGGACGAAGUCCAAAGUGCCCUCAUGCUGAAGAAAUCUUGUACACCUUAAAUGAACGCGAGUAUGUUGAUCAGAUUGAGAAGACUUUCAACCAUGCCAGUCAAGAGCUCAUUGAUCUACUAAUGGAAGAACGAGAGUUAAUGGCCAAAUUAAGAUCUAUCAAACGGUAUUUUCUGAUGGAGCAGGGUGAUUUUUUUGUUCAUUUUAUGGACAUAACAGAAGAGGAGAUGAAGAAAGGGAUGGAGGAAAUAAUGCCUGCAAGAUUGGAAUCACUCGUGGAACUGGCAAUUAGAACGAGUGAAGCAAAUGCUGAUCCCUUUAAGGAUGACCUAAAAGCAAUUUUGCUUCCCUACGACUUGAUCACUCAACUGCUCCGAAUCCUCUCCAUUGAAUCUAAAGAAGAGAAAGUUGUAUUCCAAGAAAUGGACCCAACUGAAAUUCACAUAUCUGGGUUAGAGGCAUUCUCCUUUGAUUAUGUUGUAAGAUGGCCUUAUGAUUUAUUAAUAUACCAGGCCCUCACAAAAUAUCAGAUGCUAUUCCGUCACCUGUUCUACUGUAAGCAUGUUGAACGUACCCUCUGCAGUGUGUGGCUAAGCAACAAAAGUGCCAAAAAGUUCUCGCUUCGCUCUUCCAAGUGGUAUGCAGCUGGCUUUGCCCUCCGUCAGCGGAUGCUGCAUCUUGUCCAGAACCUGCAGUACUACAUGAUGUUUGAGGUGAUUGAACCUAACUGGCUGAUGAUGCUUGAAAGUCUCAAGAGUGUUUCCAACAUUGACGAUGUGUUAGAGUUCCACACAGACUUUCUUGACAAGUGUCUGAAGGAUUGUAUGCUCACGAAUCCUGAUUUAUUGAAGAUUGUCAGCAAACUUAUGCUGGUCUGUGUCACGUUCAGCAACUGCAUCCAGCGUUUCACUCACAGUAUGAAUGUUGAGGCUCAGGUGAACCAAAUGUCAACUGAGUCUGGCAGCAGCAGGAGGAAAGAUGGAAAGGACAAAGGAAGUAAAGGUGCAGAUGAAGCGAAGGCAAAGAAACAAACCACAACAAAGGUUGUAGCUGAGCAUGUUGACCAACUGAUAGCCAGUGAGGAGUUUGAGCGAACGAUCAUCAACUUUGACACAAACUUCUCAACCCUUCUAAUUGACCUGCUGGACAAUUUGAGCAUAUAUAGCACAACUAACUGUGAACAUAACAUGAUGAACAUCAUCCACCGACUAGACUUUAAUGGUUUCUACACGCAGCAGUUAGAGGGACUGGCUGCUGAGAGGAGUAUGCGUGAAAAUGCUCAAGAUGAUGAUCAAGGGAUCUCAUCAUUGUUGAAAGAUGCAUCAAUAAAACUCCCAACGAUAUCAUUGGAUGAGGGUCGAAGGUCAACUAAAGGUUCGUAGUUCACCUUGUUGCCAUUGGAGAAGUUCAGUCUAUGUUACAUUAUCAUUGUCUCUGAAGUCUUCAGACUCUGGAGGGCAGCACUCAUAAUUGGAUACUUGUGGAAGAUGAGGACCAAAGGUCAUAAACACUACUGUACUAUUUUGACAAUGGCUUAAGCCAGCAAGCAGCUUACAUAUUAAAUCAUUCUUGACCUCAACAAAAAUUCUGACGUUGAAAUACAGUAAUGGAUCAUCAGUUUACAAGGAACAUUGCAUCAAGCAAUGCUAAAUCCCAUUUAUAUUUGAUUUUAUGCUUGGCACAAGUUUAAACAAUUUUCCUAUUAGCAUUUGUUUGCUAUGUCUGACAAAUUUUGUAACCUUAUUUGGGCAUCACCAUUGUUGUGUUGCUGACUGAUGAUUGGCUGUUGUGCCUUUUAAGAUAUUACCUGCUUGACAGCAAUAGGAGUAGGCUAGACAUGGCUAUAUAUUGUUGAAAUGUACAAAUUUUGCUAAGAGCAUUGUUUUGCAAUAAAUUUAUCUAGUAUAA